AUGGAACCGAAAUCCAUACCACAGUAUUUGUUUCGCCAGCUCUUUGAAAAUGAAUCUUCAACGUACACAUACCUAUUGGCUGACUUAGCAACCAAACAAGCUUUAAUAAUCGAUCCUGUUGUUGAUACUGUUGAACGUGAUGCAAAACUUAUUCAACAACUUGGCCUAAAACUAAGAUAUGCAGUUAAUACACAUGUGCAUGCUGAUCAUAUAACAGGCAGUGGAGAAUUGAAGAAAAAGUUCCCUGAUUGUAAAAGUGUUAUUUCGAACGAAAGUGGAGCUAAAGCAGAUAUUUAUGUGAAAGACGGUGAAGUAAUUCAAAUUGGUGAAACAGGUAAAACGCCAGUCAUACUUGAAUGUCGCGCAACGCCUGGUCAUACGAAUGGUUGCAUGAGUUUUGUUUCGCAUAAAAAUAAAUCCGUUUUUACUGGUGAUGCUCUUCUAAUCCGUGGUUGUGGCAGAACUGAUUUCCAACAAGGAAGUUCUGAUAAACUUUAUACAUCAAUUCAAACGAAAUUAUUUACACUACCUGACGAUUAUAGAGUUUAUCCAGCACAUGAUUAUACUGGACAACUGUGCUCAAGUAUACUUGAAGAAAAAACUCAUAAUCCGCGACUGACUAAGUCACGAGAUGAAUUUAUUCAAAUAAUGGCUAAUCUUAAAUUGAGUCAUCCAAAACAAAUCGACAAAGCUCUUCCUGCAAAUCUAAUGUGCGGUAUACAAGGCGAUGAUUAA